UUGGAUUAGAUAAGUAUUACAAGAACUCAAGUUACAUCGCAGUACCUACCUACUAUUAUAAUUUAGUCUUUUAGAACCAUUUAUUCGUGCAGUAUUGAGUAAAAUACAGAAUCAUGUUCAUUUUAGUUUUUGUCUUGAUACUAUCGUUUUGUAGUAGUGGAGUUUUAGGUCGGUCCUAUUAUUUGUUGGAUGACAGCCAGCCUAACGAUUCACAAUCAGCAAUUGCGAUUAACAUAAAUUCUUCCGAGGACGAAAGCAAUGUCAAUAUAUUACACCACUUUGAGGAUGAUGUUUUAAGUAAAUUAAAGGUUCCACCACCUCCUCCAAUUACAGAAGUCUCAAUUUUACCUACAGAAACACCUUCACAUCCUCCUUCACCACCUAUGACUACAUCUACAACAACCUCUGAGCCUCCUACACCUUCAUCUACAACAACUCCUGCGACUCCUACAACAUCAAAGCCACAACCACCAAUUAUUAUUAAUAUUAAGAAUUGCAUCAAAUGUAUAUUUUAUUAAUUAAUGUUAAAUUAGUUUGUUUGUAAUAAAUGAUAUUCUGCCAAA